CCCUUUCCGAUCCCGAUCCCGAUCCCUGGAGCGAGAACGACUGCGCUUACGAGACUCCCGCUCCUUCCCCGCGGUGUCCAGGUCCUUCUUAUCAGAUGAGUCACCCGCCAUCUGGAGAGAGGGAGAAAGAAGGCUAUAUGGCCAGCGGAGGGGGGGCCGAAGCACACUUGAACGGUCCACUAUGGAAGGAGAGCAGGAUGCGGGGAGAUCGUGGACAUGAGCGCGAGAGGAGCGCACGGUUCGGGAUGCGGAGUGAGGAGGAGAGACUCAAGACUUUCCGAAACUGGCCCACAGACGCGCCCGUGAGCCCCUCGGAGCUGGCCCGGGCUGGCUUUCACUAUCUGGGCUACGGGGACACGGUGCGGUGCUUCUGCUGCGACGGGGUCCUGAGGCACUGGGCGCACGGAGACACUCCGCGGGGUGAGCACGAGAGGCACUUCCCCGCGUGCGGCCUGAUGCUGGGCAGGGAUGUGGGGAAUGUCCCGCUGCGCUCGGACUCCGUGGACGGGCAGCUCUUGAGUCAGCUGCAGCGGCUGACCGUGGACGAGCAGGUGUUGUCCGGACAGGCGGUGUACCCGGAGAUGGAGUCGGAGGACAGCAGACUGUCCACGUAUCGCGGCUGGCCCACGGGAGCGUCGGUGCAGCCGGACGCGCUCGCGCACGCGGGCUUCUUCUACACAGGCCAUGGCGACAGUGUGAAGUGUUUCUUCUGUGAUGGUGGACUGAGGAACUGGGAGCCAGGAGAUGACCCCUGGCAGGAGCACGCCAAGUGGUUUCCUCAAUGUGAAUAUUUGCUUCAGUCCAGAGGACGGGAAUAUGUGAGCAAUAUUCAGCAGUCCUACUUCAACAUGAAUGAGAGCGUGAGUGGAUCUUCGUCAUCAACUGCAGGGAAUAUUACAUCAGAGGUGCUGGGUGGGCAGAACUCGGUGGCGGCGGGCAUGCUGUCCCCUGUGGUGCAGGCGGUGCUGCAGAUGGGUUUCCAGCGCUCGCUGGUGGAGAGCCUGGUGCAGUCACGCUACCUGCUCACCGGCUCACACUACACCUCGGUCUCUGACCUGGUGACCGACGUCCUGCAGGCCGAGGAGGAGGAGAGACAGCCCGGGGAGCCCAGACCAGAGACUGUGGGGAGGCAGAGAACACCAAGAACGCAGGUCUCAGAGAGGGAGAAAGUGCGAUCAGACCUGAGUCCAGAGGAACAGCUGAGACAGCUUCAGGAAGAGAGAACCUGUAAGGUCUGUAUGGACAAACUGGUCUCCAUGGUCUUCAUCCCCUGCGGUCACCUGGUCGUCUGCACAGACUGCGCAGCCAGUCUGCGGCACUGCCCCAUAUGCAGGGCAGUCAUCCGGGGGAGUGUGCGAGCAUUCAUGUCGUGAAUUAUACUGCACUAUAUAAUGGAUAUAUGAUGGAAAAAAAUACUCAAAAACUUUUAUAGAUGCCUCCAAUUCAGCAUCAGUGCACCGACACAAAGAUAUAUUGCUUGAUAUUUGGCUAUACAUUAAAGCUACAGGGGUCCAAAAAUUUCACAAUAAUAU